AUGCUGAACAAGUCCAAGGCUCAACAAGACGAUGACGACAGCUCGGAGGUCGAGUUUGUUGACCCUCCUACCACCCUCAAACAUUGUCACGUCAAGGAAGAGUCACUCAGCCCUCCACAACGCCGCCCAAGACCCCAAGCCACAAUGGGUAGCAGGACAUCAUCCAAUCCUAUUCGCCUUAUCGAGUCGCCACUUCCUGGAAUGCCACCUGCUCCUGCCCCCAGCUUGCCACACCUGCCUCUGUCUUUGCCUCCUCUCUGGUCAUCGUCACCUUCCCCCAGCCCAUCAUCACAGUGCCCAUUGCCUAGUCCGUCAACGUUGCAAUGGCCAUCUGGCAUGUAUGCUUGUGAUAUGGUUGACGGUUUUCUCAAGAUCGACAAGAUCAUUACUGCGAACAAGGAGAACAAGAGGACAGAGCACGUGAUGGAUGUGGUCUGCCAGGUCUUUCACUGCCGGAUGCCUCCACAGACAUACCAUGAUGCUCGCGCACGAUGGGCUAUCGCACCUCCACUAUUGCUCGAGAGGGUCCUUAAAGGGGGUAAAACUCCAGAGGGUUUGUGGGUCUAUCUCAGUUCUUGUGUUCCAUUGAAGUAA